AUGGCAGAAACAUACACACUCUCUUUGACGGCCGAGGACCGUUUUGUGGAGGUGUUCGCGGCUGUGCUGGCUUUUGAUCCUAAACGUUUGGAGAAAGAUUUAAGAGACUCUCUCUUCGGGCAGCACAUUGUGUCCGACAUUGUACUGAAAGCUGUAACAUCAUUUAUGACUGACAGCAAUCCGAACAAACCGCUGGUCCUCUCUUUCCAUGGGACUACUGGAGUUGGAAAAAAUCAUGUUGCUCAAAUCAUUGCAAAAAACAUUUAUGAAAAUGGGAUAGAAAGCUACCAUGUUCACACAUAUAUAUCUGAGCAUCAUUUUCCGCACAAAGAAAAGUCAGACUUAUACAAAGCACAGUUAAAGCAGGAGAUUUAUAAAAGUGUUUCAAGUUUUCCCCGCUCCAUGUUCAUAUUUGAUGAAAUGGACAAGAUGCAACCACAGCUGAUCGAUGUCAUAAAACCUUUCCUAGACUACAAACUCAAUGUAGAUGGAGUGUCAUUCCGCAAUGCAAUCUUCAUUUUUCUCAGUAAUGCAGGUGGGAAUGUGAUUGCUGAAGUGGCUCUGGAUCUCUGGAGAGAAGGCAUAUGUCGGGAAGAGCUUUGGAUGAACAGCAAGGAACUGGAGACUAAGAUCUUUAGAAAAAUUUUCAAUGAUAAGAACAGUGGAUUUCUGCACUCCAGUAUGAUAGAUGAGCAUCUGAUUGAUUACUAUGUUCCUUUCCUGCCUCUAAUGCUGAAGCAUGUGCGUCAGUGUGUCAUGGCUGAGAUGAGCCAUCUGAAAAUCAAACCAAACUAUGAGCUGGCAGAUAAAGUAGCCAGAGAAAUGCCUUUCUUUCCUGAAAAAGAAAGAAUCUUUUCUGCUAAAGGCUGCAAGUCUGUCAGACAGAAGUUGGCGCUGUAUGACAAUUAAUAGAUUAACAACUUUAUCUUUUUAACAUACAGUUGCACAGAAAUUAUCACUCCUUUGUAUUAACUUAUUAAUAUUUCAGUCUUGAUGAUUUACACUGCUAGGAGUCUGGGUUGGAGGCACUAUUAUAUUAAACAUUUUAAUCUAGACCUA